UACUUUCUGUAGCCUGUGCUGUAUUGGUUGCAUCUAAACGCUUGAUAUGCAGAUGCGUCUGUUUUAGUGUUCUUCAUGAGUGACAUCCGCUCCAGAUAGCAUGUCUUUCUUCUUCUGAAAAUGCCUUGAAGUCUCUCGGGAACUUUGAGUUAUUUUUGCUGCUUUUAAAGGCUUCAUGUCUUUAUUCGUCCCUGUUCCGAGAGCGCUGCCCACCUCCCGUUUUCAUUCCCUCAUCCGCUCCCGUUUCUUCAUCUUUCUGUCCUUCUUUUCUGGUUUCGUGAAGCAUUUGCGGGUUGGAUGUUUCGCUUUACUUUCUUGUGUGCGACAUCUGGAGCGUUAAUGGUGCUGUGUCUGUGGAUACUAAAAGAAAAAUGAUGCUGAGAUGUGAGGCGCCUCUUGGACAUAAGCUCUCAGACGUGUGUUAGGAAAGGCUUGCCAUGGUCACCAAAGACAACGCUAACUCUGGCUCUGGUGGAAAGACAAACUGUGUGAAGAAACAAAAGUGUAUGAUGAACAACUCUCAAAAGGCCGGGGAGCUUUACAGGGACCCUCAGAAGACUGUAUUUGAACCCGAACUGACCCUUGAGGUCACGGCUGACGAUGCCGGAAGGAAAACCAAUCUGGUCGCAGUAAACGGCGUCCUAGAAACAGCUGUGAACGAAGAGACGUGUAACGCAUGGAGCGUUUCCAACCUCCAGAAUCUGAAAGAGAUGCAGUACCUGCACCGCGAGGCUGAGGACAGUCUGAUCGACCCGUCGCUGGACAUGGACAGGUCGUCCCUCAUGGGUUUCAUCGACUCUAGUAACCUGGAGAGCUCCGAGGAUGUUCAGACCGUGCCGUGCAUCCAGGUGGAUGUUAAAACGGACGUGGUGCUGAUCGAUGAGGAUGAUGAUGAUAUGUCUCUAAGGGAGAGGACGGUGACGGACGUGUCCGCUGCGGACGGGAACGCGGCUGAGCUUGUGUGCGGGCGGCUCCGGUCAAUCUCCUCUGACUCCACCCACUCUUUAUGCGAUAGGCAGAGUCUUGAGCAAGGCUCGGCCAUUGAGACGCCUCAGGAGGAACAGGAGCCGCCCAAAAAACAGAAACGCACUUGCUGCCUCUGUGUUAUCAUUUGAUGUUUCUCGGAAAAAGGGCCAAGAAUAUACACCUUUUUAAAUUUUUUUCUCUUUAAUAUCACUUUACAAUGUUAAUCAGCAAUUCUUACAUCAAGUUUUUACGUUAAGUUUUUCGUUAACAUUUUUAACUUUCUUACCCUUGGAAUAAAAUGAUCUUAUCCUUCACAUGGAAAUGAUUCUACUGCCACAAUUUGACAUAUUUCUAAGUGAAAGAAUAUUUAAUGCUAAAAAAGGAAAGGAAGGAAAUUUUGUAAAGUUAGUCAGAGUUUCUUAAAGCAAAAACCAGUCAUAAAUAUUUUAUUAAUUAUUAAUUUUAUGUUCUUUUUGACCCGUACAAGUUUUUGUUACUCUCCUUUUUAUGGAAGCUGUUUUCACUAAGAAAUAAAAAGAUUUUAAAAAG